AGCCAGGUCUCGGCGGGGUGGUGGGGGUUGCACUGCGGUAAUAUGGCUCUUCCCUAGCCAGCGGCGGUGGCGGCUGGAGGUUGGGUAGAGCAGUUCUGCCUUUCGGGUGGCGGGCUUCUGGGCUGCAGGGGCUCGGCGGGUCGAGGCUAGGCGGUGGUGGCGGAUGCCGGAGGAACGCGGGCCCCGCCGCUUGGCGGCCCCUGGGUCAAGAUGAGCGCCUCAGCGUCGGUCGGGGGCCCGGUCUCCCCGCCGCCCCCGGGCCCGGCGGCCUCGCUGCCACCCGGUUCUGCAGCGCGGGCCCUGCAUGUGGAGCUGCCUUCUCAGCAGCGACGUCUUAGACACCUUCGGAACAUUGCUGCCCGGAACAUUGUUAAUAGAAGUGGCCAUCACCUCCUUGAUACUUACUUCACGCUUCACUUGUGUAAUACUGAAAAGAUAUAUAAAGAAUUUUAUAGAAGUGAAGUGAUUAAGAAUUCCUUGAAUCCAACGUGGCGGAGUCUUGAUUUUGGAAUAAUGCCAGACCGUCUUGAUACAUCUGUGUCUUGUUUUGUGGUGAAGAUAUGGGGUGGAAAGGAGGACAUCUACCAGCUUUUGAUUGAAUGGAAAGUCUGUUUGGAUGGGCUGAAAUACUUGGGUCAGCAGAUUCAUGCCCGCAACCAAAAUGAAAUAAUUUUUGGGCUGAAUGAUGGCUACUAUGGUGCUCCAUUUGAACAUAAGGGUUAUUCAAAUGCUCAGAAGAAUAUUCUUCUUCAGGUGGAUCAGAACUGUGUUCGCAAUUCUUAUGAUGUCUUCUCUUUGCUGCGGCUUCAUAGAGCCCAGUGUGCAAUUAAACAGACUCAGGUAACUGUUCAGAAAAUUGGAAAGGAAAUUGAAGAAAAGCUAAGGCUCACAUCUACAAGCAAUGAACUGAGAAAACAAAGUGAGUGCUUGCAAUUAAAAAUUUUGGUGCUUCGAAAUGAACUGGAAAGACAGAAGAAGGCUUUGGGACGGGAGGUGGCAUUACUGCAUAAGCAACAAAUUGCAUUACAGGACAAAGGGAGUGCAUUUUCAGCUGAGCACCUCAAGCUUCAACUCCAGAAGGAAUCCCUGAAUGAAUUGAGGAAGGAGUGUACUGCGAAAAGAGAACUCUUUCUGAAGACUAAUGCUCAGUUGACAAUUCGUUGCAGGCAAUUACUAUCUGAGCUUUCCUACAUUUACCCUAUUGAUUUGAAUGAGCAUAAAGAUUACUUUGUAUGUGGUGUCAAGUUGCCCAAUUCUGAGGACUUCCAAGCAAAAGAUGAUGGAAGCAUUGCUGUUGCCCUUGGUUACACAGCACAUUUGGUCUCCAUGAUUUCCUUUUUCUUACAAGUGCCCCUAAGAUAUCCUAUAAUUCAUAAGGGAUCUAGAUCAACAAUCAAAGAUAAUAUCAAUGAUAAGCUGACUGAAAAGGAGAGAGAGUUUCCAUUAUAUCCAAAAGGAGGGGAGAAGUUACAAUUCGAUUAUGGUGUCUAUCUUCUGAACAAAAAUAUAGCACAGAGUGAGAGCAUCAGAGCAGAGAGAGGCAGAGGGAGAAACAGAAUCCUCAGGGCAACUCCGCACUGAGCACAGAGCCCAACAUGGUGCUCGAUCUCACGACCCUGAGAUCAUGACCUGAACCAAAACCAAGAGUUGGAUGUUUAAUUGACUGAGCCACCCAGGUGCCACAAUAAAGUUCAAUUUUUAAAUUUGUUUUUCCUUUUUUGCUUGUGCUUUUGGUGUUAAAAAAAAAAAUCUAAGAAAGCUUAGCACAAGGUUUGCUUCUGUGUAGUUUUAGCUCAUAUGUUUAGGUCUGUGAUCCAUUUUGAAUUAAUUUUUUUGUAAAGUUUAAGGAAGAGGUCCAAUUUCAUUCUUUUGCAUGUGAAUAUCCAAUUGUCUUAGAAAAAUUUGUUGAAAAAACUGCUCUCUACCCAUUGAGUUGUCUUGGCAUUCUUGUUGAAAAUUAACUAUAAAUGUGAGGAUUUAUUUCUGAACUCUAAACUCUAUUCCAUUAAUCUGUAUGUCAGUCCUUAUGCUGGUACACCCUAUAUCUUUUUUCUGAAGUAUUUUCUAAAAAAUAUUUUUCUAAAUUCAAUAUAUGCCAAUUGUAGAAAAUUUUUUAAAGAUUUAAUUGAGAGAGAGAGAGAGCACAUGUGAGUGGGGGGAGGGACAGAGAGAGAGGGAGAGAAAGAAUCUCAAGCAGAGUCCCCCCAGUGAGCAUGGAGCCCAUAGUGGGCUUGAUCCCAGGACCCUGGGAUCAUGACCUGAGCCAAAAUCCAGAGUUGGCCACUUAACCAGCUGAGCUACCAGGUGCCCCAUAGACUUUUUGAAGUACAAAAGAAGAUAGAAGAACAGAUUUUUUUAAAAGAUUCUAUAAUCUCAUCAUUCAUAUGUGCCUUCCAAAUCUUCCAGACAUUUUGUCUUUUUUUUUAAUUUCAUUUCUUUUUUUUUUAACAUUUAUUUAUUAUUUAAUUGAGAGAAAAAGAGGGAAAGAGAGCAUGCGUGGUUUGGGGGGCAGAUGGAGAGGAAAAGAGAAUCUCAAGCAGAAUCCCCACUGAAUGUGGAGCCCAACAUGGGGCUCAAUCUCAUGACCCAUGAGAUCAUAACCUGAGCCAAAAUCAUGAGUCAGAGCUACCCAGGAGUCCCUUGUCUUUUUCUUACAUAGUUGAAGUAACAUUAUAUAUACUGCUCUAUAUCUUUUUGCUUUUUUGAACACAAGCUUUUACCCAAGCCAUUAAAAACUCUUAGUCAAUAUUUUUAAUAUAUAAAUAUAUAUUUCUAAAUAUAUAAUAUUUCAUUUCUGUGCAUAUAUUUUUUAAAGAUUUUAUUUAUUUAUUUGAGACACAGAGAGAGAGAAGCACAAGUGAGAGGGGAGGGACAGAGGGAAAGGAAGAAGCAGACUCCCCGCUGAGCAGGGAGCCUGACACAGGGCUUGAUCCCAAGACCCUGAGAUCAUGACCUGAGCUGAAGGCAGACACUUAAACCGACUGAGCCAUCCAGGCACCACUCUAUACAUAUAUUUUAAUUUAACCAUUCUUAUAAUCUUGGACAUAUAUUCUUCUAGAGUUUUCUUAAAAAUAUGGUUUUGGUUAUGAUAUUAGUUAGCACUAAUAUAUGUUUACAUACACUUAUUGUUAAAUAUAUUAUUAUGUUAUGUAUAUAUUAAUAUAUUUCUCCCCUGUAGAAUGACAUAUUCAGAUAUGAGAUGUAGUAAGGUCAAUAGUAAAGCAGCUCACUGCAGCUCUGCAGUGGCAGAAAUCUUGUCUCUCAAACUUUCCUGUGGGUCCUAUAGUGUUUCCACUAAAUCAUUUCAAACCUAAGCUUCAUGCUGCUGUGGACAAAGCAGAUUUUCAGUCAAAUCCUUACUUUGAAGAUGUAACUCAUACUUACUCCUUUGUGUGAUUUUUUUUUCUCUUUAAAAGUAGAAAAAUCACAUUUUCUUAUGUGUAUGUAUUUAUCUCAACCCACAAAUAUCUGAGUGUUUGAACUGUAUAAGGUCUAUGAGAGACUGACUUUACUCUCAAGUUGUCUAUAUUUUGGGUGAGGGGGAUAAAAAAAUAGGUACAAUAUGUAAAUAGUUAGCCAGCAGUACAAGACAUACAAUAAUCACUAUCAAAGGAGAGUUUCUGUCCAAGGUACAGAUCUGGCUCAUGGCAGGUAGAGCCCUAUGGUGGUUUAGAGUUCCACAGACCUGGCUGUGCAUCCCACUGACUGUCUGGAUGAACUUGGGCAUGUAAUAAAAUCUCACUUCCUCUCCAUUUACUUAUCUCUUUAAAAUCCUCAUAGGAUUGUUGUGGGGACUAGAAACAAUGAAUGUCAAGUUUAUAGCUCAGAAUUUGUCCCUAGAAAGGGUACUCAAUCAUUGGUAGCUGCCAUUGUUUAUUCUUGAUGUUGAGUUGUCAUUCCUGUUAGGCUGAUAUGGAGAAGGAAUCCUUCAGUAGAAAGCUAUGGCAUCUGAACUGGGAAUUCAAGGAUGAAGGUGUUUGGCUAGUGAGAGAGGAGGGGGAGCAAAGGUGCAGAAGAAGCACUGCUUAAGUAUAUCAAGACCAGCCUGGAUGAAGCAGAGAGUUACCUUAAUAGCAGAGAUAGGAAAGAUGUUUUUGGUUGACCACCAUUGGCCAGUUACAAGUCUUUAUACUUGAACCUGAUUGUGGUCUGUAUUAGCUCCCUGGGCAUGUUUGGGAUGUUUAGUAAAUAGUUACUGAAAGAAUGAAUGGUGGAUGAAUUAGCCGGAGGAUUGUUUUUUCCUUGUUAAGGUUGAUAGUUAUUUCUAUUUAAAUAUGUGUAUAUUUAAAUAUAUAUUUAAAUGUAUCUUGACAUAUCUAUUUAAAUAAAGGCUUUAACUGAGGUAGAAAAAUCAUAUAUAGUUGUUUUUCAAAAGUAUUCUGUAUUUAAAGGGAUAAUAUUACCUUUUUGUAGUUGUAAGUAAUUGGUUAAGUGCUCAUUAUUAAGAACCAUUUUAGUGGGCGCCUGGGUGGCUCAGAUGGUUAAGCGUCUGCCUUCGGCUCAGGUCAUGAUCCCAGCGUCCUGGGAUCGAGUCCCGCAUCGGGCUCCCUGCUCCUUGGGAGCCUGCUUCUCCCUCUGCCUCUGCCUCUCUCUCUGUCUCUCAUGAAAAAAAUAAAUAAAAUCUUUAAAAAAAAAAAAAAAAGAACCAUUUUAGUUAUUAACCAGACUCCCCCGACAUUUUUAAUGAUAUAUUGGCUGUGAUCACUGUACUCUUUAAAGCUGAGUGAUAAAUUGGCAAGACAAAAUAAUUUAUUUUUACCUUCAUUGGACAUCUUUUCUCACUUUAAACUGAAACUAGAAAUCCAAUGUCAAAAAUAUCUUUCCAAAUGAAAAAUAAAACAAUUAUAACCUAUAUUUAUACAGCUUAUCUUAAAGUACAAAGAUCUUUCACAUAUAUCAUCACAUCACACAUUUUUUUCUUUGCAAAAGUCCUAGAAGUGUUAGUAUUAUUAUCCCCAUUCUAUGUUUAGGUAAACUGAACCUCUCUGAAGGGUGAGCAGAGAAAUUCAGACCCUAAUCAUCUGACUAAGUUCAAGGGACUGUACUUGCUGGUUUCCUUUUAUCAGACAGAAAGAAACAUAGUAAGUUAACAGGUUUCCCUUUUAUCUGUGGCUACCCAAGAGCUAAGUGUAAAUUUAGCAGCUUAUUUGGUUUAGCCUCUUUGAUAACUUCUCUCUUCCUUUCUCC